AUGAGGGUCCCACAGUAUGUGAACAAGCCCUUUAAGUCGCCGGUGAUAUGCAAGAAAUCCGUCAGCACCACUGAGAGCCCCACCCCCACCCAACAGAUGAAAGCUCCCGCUGUUGUCCGACCACUAAGCAAGAGGGCGCCCUCGGAUGUUGCGCCUUCCAUCAAUAAGAAAGCGGCCCAAGGCGUUGCUUAUUACAGUAUUAUGUACCGCAAGCGCAGUACAAAAAAGCACAAGACUUGGGACGGUGAUGGAACCGCUAUUGAAAUGAGCAAUGGCUCCUUUAGAUUUUACAAAGAUGAUGGCCGCUUUUUUGGAAGCGGAAGCCUUGGGAAGGGCGAGGACAAGUUCGAAAGGAUAUUCACCUGCUCGGGGUGUGAGGUUCAGCUCGACCACCAGAUUGAGGAUGAACAGGAAGUUUCAAAGCUCGAGGAGAUCUUGGGUUCUUCGACAAAGUCAACGAACCAAAUAGUCAAACCUUCUUUAGGACACAAGAUCAAACAAGGAACUUCUAGCCGUAGCCCUUCGCCCGGAAUUCAAGUUGUCCACUAUUUGCCAACUCAAAAGUUCAAGCCUGUUUAUAGAAACUCGCAGAGCGACUCGUUUGAAUCAACACCUGGCGCUGCAAACGCGCGAAGAUUUCCGCCUAUUUUUGAUCCUUCCCAAAUAGAGGAUCCAUUAAUUAUGAACACAUUUACAGGAGCGGAGUGUGAUGUAAUUGUGGACCCCAUCCUUUCAAAGCAUCUCAGACCUCACCAACGUGUCGGGGUGAAGUUUAUGUAUGAUUGUGUGAUGGGCCUCUCACGGCCCUCGCAGCACGAAGAUGACGGGAAAACCUCCUGUUUAUUACAAAAAACAGAUGAAGUUCAAGGCUGUUUACUGGCUGAUGAGAUGGGUCUUGGCAAAACUCUUAUGACCAUCGCAUUGAUUUGGACCUUGCUGAAACAGACCCCAACUCCUUCUAAAGAAACCACUUCUCAAUUUGGGAUACCGUUACAAGGGCUUUGCAACAAAGUGUUAGUAGUGUGCCCUGUUACACUUAUAGCUAAUUGGAAGCGAGAGUUUUCGAAAUGGCUCGGCCUCAAUCGGAUAGGUAUCCUUACACUUGACUCAAAAAGCACACCCGAGAAAGACAAAUUACACGUCCGUAAUUUCUUGAGGGUUCAAAGAACUUACCAGGUUUUGAUUCUCGGCUAUGAGAAGCUCCUCAGUGUUACUGAAGCACUACAACAAGAGAGCUCAAGCAUCGGUCUAAUGGUUUGUGAUGAAGGCCACCGUUUGAAGAAUGGUCAAUCGAAAACACUAAGCGCACUUAAUUCCCUCGAUAUAUCUCGCAAGGUUUUACUAACGGGUACACCAAUUCAAAACGAUUUAACUGAGUUUUUUACCAUUAUCGAUUUUCUUAACUGUGGGAUCAUGGGGAACUUUUCCCAAUUCAAAAGAGAUUACAUCAAUCCUAUUACAAGAGCCAGAGAUGUUAACAACAAGUACAAUGAAACUAUACAAACAAGAGGUAAAGAUAGAACAGAUGAGCUUAUAGAUGCGACGAAGAAAUUCACCUUGAGGCGAACUGCUGAUACUAUCUCCAAGUUUCUUCCCCCCAAAACCGAUGUCGUGUUGUUCUGUAAACCUACCAAAUCUCAAAUCCAGGCAUUUGAAAAAAUCCUUACGAACGCUCAAUUGGAUCUUUCAAGUAUAACGCCGAGCUCGUCACUCGCUCUGAUCACGCUUUUCAAAAAGAUUUGCAAUUCUCCCAGCCUUAUAUCUCAAGAUUCUUAUUAUCUUGAAAAUAUCAAGUCCAAGUCUGACCUAACUGGAUGUCUUGGUUUGGAUUCAGGGAAAUUGCGGGUGCUUUUGGCACUUCUUGAAAACAUAAGAUCUUCUUAUCCUCAAGAAAAAGUCGUCAUAGUGUCAAACUAUACCCAGACUUUGGAUAUCAUUCAAAACAUCCUAACGAGCAAUCGCUUUGCAUUUACCAGGCUCGAUGGGAAUACUCCCACCAAAGAACGGGAUCGCAUAGUGCGAGCAUUCAAUACAGUACCGUCGCUUUUUGCGUUCUUACUGAGUGCAAAAUCAGGGGGCGUGGGGCUCAAUCUUAUUGGCGCAUCAAGGCUUGUUCUGUUCGAUAACGACUGGAACCCAGCUAUUGAUCUUCAAGCUAUGUCAAGAAUACACAGAGACGGCCAACGUAGGCCCUGCUUCAUAUACAGGCUAUUAACUACUGGAUGCAUUGAUGAGAAGAUUUUUCAAAGGCAGCUAAUGAAGAUUAGUCUCAGUUUCAGAUUUAUGGGAGACCAAGAAAGCUCUUCAAGCAUAAAAGCUGAUGAUAACCUUUUCGAGACCGAUGAUCUCAAAGACCUCUUUACAGUCCUCACAUCGACCAAAAGCAACACACAUGACUUGAUCUGCGCUUGUCAUGGCCAAAAGGAGCAUGUCUCUGAUUCAAAGGUGACGGCUGCGACAAUGGCGGAAACUGGGGCCAAAGGUUGGACGAGCGCGAUGGAUUUAAUGGCAAGUAUGGAAAAGGCUGAAAGUGAGAAGAUAGCAGAAAAGGCGGCUUUAGUACAACAAUGCUUGGUCGACUAUGAACAUAUCGAAACCUUGAAAGCCCACGAAAUUAUUUCUGAAGCAGCGUUGGAGUCACAAACUGAUGUAACUUUCGCAUUUAUCAAAAGUAGUAAAAUUUAG